GCCUAUAACAUAGACCGAGACCCAGAUUAUCGUCAUGGGGGUAGGCCUACUGAUGGCAUUGCAAGACGAAUCACUAAUUAUUGAUGACAUCCUGGGUCAUGGUGGUAUAGUCACAAUAAUAGCUGCUCUCUGCAAUUUGUUUUUGCCAGUCCUUGACGUUAUAUAAUUUUUCGCAAUAUUUAAGAAGAUCUUCUUUGGUCGAUUGACUAUUUCACUGGCAGAUGGCACCCUGCAUUGUGCUCCGAUAAUUUACCAUGAAAAUAAUUGCUGAACUUGGAAUCUCUAUUGUUGGAACACUAUUCAUUGAACAUCUCAUUAUAUCAGUUAACGCUGGCUCUAUAACCUACAGACCACAUGAUGCAAAAAAUGCCAGAUAUCACCAUCAUCACUACCCAAAACCUGGCUCUGAUAAACCCAACUACUGGUUCAGGAAGGUCAACAAAAAAUUGAACACCACUGAAACAUCAAUGGAUGAUGAUCUGCACUGCAUCCUUAAACAGACCACCGUUUCCAUACUGAGGAGUCUGAAUGAGUCAAUAGCCGAGCAUAGGAGCUUCUUCCACUCAUACAAGACCUGGGACAGAAUAGACUUCAACGAAGAUGGGAAACCGGAGAAGUAUGGAGCAGCUUAUAGAGGAUUUUCCAAAAUGGAUGAGGAUUGUCCCAUCAAUGGAACAGAGGAAGAUGACGAUCACUUCUAUUAUGAUGAUGAAUAUUUCGGCCAUGAUGAUGAGGACUACGAUAAAGAGGGUGAAGGAGAAGGCGGGGAAGAGAUGGCUGUAACAAUCAUUGUAUUCCUUAUGGAGUUGUAUGGAACGGUCUAUGGAUUUUCAUAUGGAGCAUUUCAUCAGUUCAACUACUUUUUCCAUGUUUAUAUGGUGCAAGACUUCCAGCCUGAUCACUUGGGGGCUGAUGAUAACAUAACGGUGGCUGAUUUUGAAAGCCGCAUUGUCUUGACGAAACUCAAAUAGACUGACAUUUUAGUACAGCAUAGGUGUUCAGCACAACUUAUCAGUACCUAAUAUUUUUCUCUCGAAUCAACUGCUUUUUUCCAUUAUUUUUCAAGAAGAUAUUUCAAGAUUAAACUAUAUGUUUUAUUUAUUUGAUGCACUAUUUUUAAAACUUUACAAUUUUAGACUUAAAAAAUGCUUCAUAUUCCAUUCCUAGUAUAAUAGAAUUAUUAUCUAUCACCAUGCCAUUAUGAAUAUUCAAGUGUAGUGUCUGGUGUAGUUGUUGAUCACAAGGCUCGAAUCUCCUUCCUCAAACGCCAGAACAUUUUAGUCAUGAUCGCAGAGUUUCGUACUGUGGGCAUGUUAGUAGCACAUGGUCAACAACUCCAACUCAUGCAAGUUGCAGAUGGAGCACAACUGAUUAGCUCUGAUUUCAUGGAGAUUAUCCCUUGUGAGGUUGGAUUUGAUGUCGUUUUGUGGCAAGUUACAGUUUGUUGUACAAUCAGCCUGAUACCAUACCACCCAAGGUACCUAGAAUUAAUUUUAUUCUAGGUACAUUGAUACCACCAGUAUAAUGAAAAUUGAGUUUUUGAUAUAUCAGCCAAAGCAAUUAGAUACCUAAUAUAAUAUAUGAUCCAAAUGGGACUCAUCAAUUCCAGCUUAAAUAACUAGAAUAAUAAUAAAGGAUAAUAACUGGAGACCACUCCAGUUCAUAAAACUCGCUCAUAAACUGCUGUAUUGAUCUCUGAGAUCUAUAACUUGUAAUUAUACGCGGUGAGGUGGUUGGUGAAAAUUCAGAGUUGGUGAGAAUUAUUAUGGAAACAGCUGAAUGAUAUAUUUUACAAGUAGGCCUAGGCUAUUAUAUAAAUUACAGUAGAAAGUUCCAUGGGGAUCCUAUUCUAAUUGAAAAAAAAAACUUUCUGUUGCUUCAAAACUUCAUUUCGAAUCCAGCUUCAUUUUGACUGCAACUAAUUUUUAUCAAAUGGGAAGGUGGUCAUGUGAUGCAUGAUUUCGAUACAGAAUUUCAAAUGAAAAUUAAUGGUGAAAACCACAUAUCGAUAAUCGAUAUCUCAAAACAUUUCAAUGAUCUCAACAUAUUUGGAGAUACUAAUAAAUGGUACAAAAAUGAAAUGAAUGAGUAAAUUAAAUAAUCAAGUGUUAGUGAACAUGAGUAUGUUACAGUAAUUUACAGACAGGCAGAAAUACGUUAACGAAAGCGAGUUAAUGAAGAAUUUUAUAAAAUAAUGUUGUGUAUUAUUCAGCUGAAAUCAUGUGUCGGCGCAUAUAAAGUCUGUCUGUCUGACAGACGGUGUGAUAUCUCCCAAAUAGCUUGAACUUUUUUAAAUAAAUGGAAAAAUUAUGGAAAUAGCAUGUAAUUAAUUCCAGCUGACUAAUUAAUGACAAAAUAAAAACAAUUUUACUUCUUA